AUGGCAUUUUCUCGUGCUACUCUUGAUAACUCUUCUGAAUGUUGGUCAGAUUGACUUAAAAGAUCAAUUGGAAUCAGAAAUUCAGCGACAAGAAGACCCCAACGUGGAUAUCGGCUUUAUCAUUGGGAUGAAGUUGUGAAACAUGACAAACCUGGAGAUUGCUGAAUUGUAAUUCACGGGAGAAUUUAUGAUGUCACUGAUUGGGUUGAAUUGCAUCCAGGUGGAAAAAUCAUAUAUGAAGGCGCUGGCUCUGAUUGUACAGAAGUUUGGGAAAGUUAUCAUCCUCUAAAAGUUGUUGACAAAGGAGUAAGCAAAAAAUAUCUUAUUGGGGAAAUCGAGGGAUAUGAAAAUCUUUAUUCCUGGGAAGGGAAUUUUUAUAAAACUGUGAAGCAGAGAGUUGGAGAAGCUGUGCCUAAAAAUUUGAGAAGAGAAGACCCAAAAAUCGCUUUUAAAGGACUGUUUUUAUCUUAACAGAAACUUAAAUAGAGGUUGGAUUCCGCCAAAGUAGCGCAGUCACCAAGGAUCCCCUGGGAUUCACCCUCAUUGCAGCAUCGACAGGGAGAACUUGUUUGAGUAAGAUAGCUCAUCGGGCGAGAUACGACUCGAACACCACCUUUCCUCUUCUUCACAACCUGAUACCUAUAAAUAUGUGAAGUAGGGUUCUGCGUCUCCUUCUUGCCUUAUCGGCUCCAAUGGGAAGGCUAUGGACUUAUGGAAAAAUUCAAAGCCUGGGGCUAGCUCCCAUUUUUACGUUAGGAAGAUGCCUGAAUGAUCUAGGCGGAUUAUUUUUAUCAAUUUGUUAUUUUAUUUCGCUGGCUUUGUAUAUUUACUUUUGCACUUGGUGGUCAGCUAUAAUCUAUGGAGUGUUGUGCAGCCAAAUCGGAAUGAUUUCGAUUGAGCAUAAAAAUGAUGGAGUUUUUACAAGCCUGAAAACUCUGACCUGGCUUGCAGGGUAUACACCAGAUUUAGCAAGCUCAAGGCUUGUUUAUAAAAGAUCACACGAAUUUCAGCAUGGAUAUAAUAUACAUGAUCAAUCGAACUUUUCAUUAUUAAGGUUACAUAUAAAUCAGCGUAGGUUUGGAAUUCAUAGAUAUCAGCAAGUGUAUGCUUGGUUGCUAUAUAUAACAAUUCAUUUUGGGGAUUUGUUUGGGACAUUUAAUGACUUUUUUUGGGUUUCGAACUCACUAAAUCUAAGAGGCUCGAACUCAUUUUCAGACUUUGUUUUUCAAAUUUUUGUAAAAUUUUGCUGGUUUUUAUAUACAAUUUUAAUUCCGUGUUAUUUGCAUGGAUAUUUGAAUAUUUUCCCAAUAUGAAUGCUUUAUAUGGUAAGCUUUGGUGCUGGAUAUGCUUUAUUUUUUGCUAUAAAUCAUUGGGUGUUGGAAGCUGGAUGUGUAGAAUCAAUAAAUAAUAUUAAUUGGGGUGUUUUGAAAGCUGAGUAUUCUAUUAAUUUUGCAAUUGAUUCUAAGUUUUGGACAUGGAUAACUGGGGGUUUAAAUCAUCAAAUUGAACAUAAUUUAUUCCCAGCAAUGGUCCAUACAAGACUCCCUGAAAUUGCAAAAAUUGUUCAAAGUACUUGCAAAGAGUUUGGGGUUAAUUAUUUUUCUUAUCCAACCUUUUGGGAUGCUUUAAAAGCACAUUAUAGAUUAUUAAAAGCUUUAGGGAAUUAUGAUAAGCCAGAGAUUCUUAAGAAAGAUAGUAAACUUAAUACUUAAUGCCCCUAUUAAUAAUUGGAUAUUCUUGCAAAGUUUUAUGAACAAUAAAAAAUUAAUUAAAUUAUGAAUUUACAACUUUAUGCAAUGUUUUUAUGACUUUCCCCUUUUAAAUUGUAACAAAAUUUUAAAUUUUAGAUUAAAAAUUAUAGAUUCUAUGGAAAUAGAUUUGAUAAUCAAUUUAAUAUCACAAAAUCGAUAUUUGCCUAUAAUUUGUUCUUUUUUAAAGGCAGGAUUGUUAUAAGAUCUUUUAUUCUUAAAAUUUCAUAGGCAAAUUUAAUAAAGAAAAAAAUUGCUCAUUAUUAAUUUAGGUGUUAG